UUCAAGGGGCGGGCUUUCAGGCGGCGGUGCGCGCUCAGGGGUGGCUUCGGUCGGGUUGCGAGCCUCUCCAGGACCGCCCCUCGCCCUGCCAGCCUCCGAGUCACCGUGAUGGCUGCCUUCCUUCUGUUCCGGCAAGGACGAGCUAGGGCGCUGAAGACUAUGCUCCUAGAAGGACAAGUGUUUCCAGGACUUGGUCCUACAGCUUCUCUCUCUGCAGAAUCCGGAAAGAGUGACAAAGGACUGCCACCAAAUUCCAAGAAGCAAAGUUCACCAAAAAAUGUAGUGGACCCAAAGGAGAGGGGCAAGCUACUAACUACCCCAACAGCAGCCGAAUUGUCUAAAAACCUAACUUCACCCAGUUCUUACUCAUCAGUUGUGACUCGAGGUGGGACAGUAGCUGGCCCUCGCCCUGCUGACGACGUGCUGUUCACAGACAAAGGGGUCCCAAAGGUUUUGUCAAGGAAGACCUUGGUAGCACUUCCUCAGAAGGGCCCGUCUCUGCUCAGAAGCCAGGGCGCCCAUGCAGGCGCCCCUCAGGAGAGUGGGGGAGUGACAGGCAGUUCGUCGUCAUCGUCGUCUUCGUCUUCUUCAUCUUCAUCCAGCUCCUCCGACUCAGGGUCUGACGACGAGGCCGAUGGCUCAGCAGCGGGUUCACCAGUGAUGAGCAAAGGCAGAGGGGGGGCACCCAAACCAGGGGCCUCCCGCUCCUUUGAAAAUAGGGCCCCCAAGACUCCGGUAUCAGCAAGAGAGACGGCCUGGUCCCCACAGCCACGUCAGGACCUCGCCUCUCCAGAGGGGCCCCAUCAGGCAAAGAAGAAAGGGGCCUCCAUUAAGCCAUUAAAGGUCAGAAAAGACGAACCAAAACCCACGUUAUCCAAGUCACAGGUAGAUAAAGAGGUUUUGAAGGGGAAAAAAAUGCAGCAAAUAUUUAGCUCAGAUAAAAUAGAUAAGGAAAGCCAAAGGCCGCCUGAAGUUACACAUACCUCACCCGACCCUGCAAAGUCAAGAGUGUCAGCACAGCCGAGUGGGGGCAGAGUGCCCACGCGACUGACAGAAGGCACAGCCAUGGGAGGGCAGCUACAAGCAGCUCCUCCCGAGACCCGAGGAAGGCGGUUGGAGAAGCAAGGACCAGAGCCCACCAGGGCGGUGGCUUCUUCCCCGUUCAAAAAAGAAAACUUGGGGAAGCAGGUGAUAGAAGGAAUCUCAAAGGCAAAUGGAGAGGUUUCGGAAGAGCAGGGACCAACAACAAAUUCGAAGUCAGUUCCCAUUCAGAAUACAGCCGUGUUUGAUAAGACAGCAGAACUAAAGCUUGAAGCACAGGGCGGCAUCGCCGAAGACGCAGUGACCCAGGCAGGCGGCCAGGACCACGCACAGGAGCCCGUGCAGGCUGCCGCCCCCGAGCCGUUCGACAACACCUCCUACAAGAACCUGCAGCACCACGACUACACCGCGUACACCUUCUUAGACCUGAACCUGGACCUCUCCAGAUUCAGGAUGCCCCAGCCCUCCUCCGGACGGGAGUCGCCUCGCCACUGAGAGCUUGGUUUAGCGAUUGCGCGUACGUUGUCUGCUGUGUUCUGGGCUGCGAAAUAAAGUGCUCAGGUCCCGA